AAUACCUCAGGGGAUACAAAGAUCUUGCGCCGAGGUGACUGCCGUGUGUUUCUUUUUCUUUUUUUUGAAGAAGUGAGGUGGCGGCCGAGGUGGAGUGGAAUAAAAAAAAAUAGAGGUCGUGUGUCCCGAGCCAUGCCCUGCGACGCUGCGUGCGUGACACACGAGACGAGGCCAGAUGCUUUGACGGCCUGCCCUUCUCCCCCAAUCUUCCGCAGCACACCACUGCUCCAACCAAGCUACUAGAAAUACUAGCUCUCUCCUGUCUCCAUCUCCACUCUCUGCCUGCUCAAAGCUACAAGCUCCGAUCCAACCUUCUUCUCCGAUCCAACAAGCUUCCAAUGGCGACCAAGAUCUACAUCGUGUACUACUCCACGUACGGCCACGUCGCGACGCUGGCGGAGGAGAUCCAGAGGGGCGCCGCGUCCGUCACCGGCGUCGAGGUGACGCUGUGGCAGGUCCCGGAGACGCUCUCCGGCGAGGCGCUGGCGAAGAUGGGCGCGCCCCCGAAGCGGGCGGGCGUGCCGGCCAUCUCCCCCGCGGAGCUCGUGGAGGCCGACGGCGUCCUCUUCGGGUUCCCCACCAGGUUCGGCAUGCUGCCGGCGCAGCUCAAGGCGUUCCUGGACAGCACCAGCGACCUCUGGUGCGAGCAGAGGCUCGCCGGAAAGCCCGCGGGCAUCUUCUGCUCCACCGGCUGCCAGGGCGGCGGCCAGGAAACCACCGCGUUGACGGCGAUCACCCAGCUGGUGCACCACGGCAUGCUCUUCGUGCCGGUGGGGUACACGUUCGGCGCCGGGAUGUUCGAGAUGGGGGAGGUCAAGGGCGGGAGCCCCUACGGAGCCGGCACCAUCGCCGGGGACGGGUCCAGGGUCCCCACCCCGCUCGAGCUGCAGCAGGCCUUCCACCAGGGGAAGUACUUCGCCGGGAUCGCCAAGAAGCUCAAGGGCGCCGCCGCUUGAUCGCCCUGAGAUUUGACAUCGGCAGCUUCUGGCUUUGUUUGCUAUGGAAUAAAAGAGUGUUAUUUAGCUGUAAACUUGGCUUUGUUGCAAAGCAGUGCUCACAAUCAGUUAGGGU